AGUGUGCCGCAGCCAGCCACAACCCUCCCUGCCUCUGGUCCAAAAUAGACAGUUGAGGGCAGAGCAGCUGAUAAAGCAACCAGAAAUGGCUUCCACCGGAGUUCUUCCCUUCAUCAGGGGGGUAGAUCUCAGUGGAAACGACUUUAAAGGCGGGUACUUCCCCGAGCAUGUGAAGUGUAUGAGCAGUCUGCGAUGGCUGAAGCUGAACAGGACCGGACUGUGUUACCUCCCAGAGGAGCUGGCCUCUCUGCAGAAGCUGGAGCAUCUUUCAGUGAGUCACAACAGCCUGACCACUCUACAUGGAGAACUGUCCAGUUUACCCAAUCUACGGGCGGUGGUAGCCAGAGCCAACAACCUGAAAAACUCCGGAGUCCCCGAUGACAUCUUUCAGCUAGAUGACCUCUCUGUGCUGGACUUGAGUUUCAACCAGCUGACGGAGAUCCCCCGGGACCUGGAGAACAGCAGGAACAUGCUGGUUCUGAAUCUGAGCCACAACAGCAUCGACGCCAUCCCCAACCAGCUGUUCAUCAACCUGACAGACCUGCUGUAUCUGGACCUGAGCGACAACAAGCUGGACAGCCUGCCGCCGCAGAUGAGACGCCUGGUCCACCUGCAGACGCUCACACUGAACAACAACCCGCUGAUGCAUGCCCAGCUGCGCCAGCUGCCAGCCAUGGUGGCGUUACAGACUCUCCACCUGAGGAACACCCAGAGGACCCAGACCAACAUGCCCACCAGCCUGGAGGGCCUGACACACUUAGCAGAUGUCGACCUGUCCGGUAACGACCUGUCCCGCGUCCCCGAGUGUCUCUACACUCUGGGCAGUUUGAAGAGACUGAACCUGAGCAGCAAUCAGAUCACAGAGCUGUCCCUCUGCAUCGACCAGUGGACGCAGCUGGAGACGCUCAACCUGAGCCGCAACCAGCUCACCUCCCUGCCCUCUGCAAUCUGUAAGCUGUCCAAACUGAAGAAGCUGUAUGUGAACUCCAACAAACUGGACUUUGACGGGGUGCCUCCGGGCGUAGGCAAACUGUCCAGCCUCACAGAGUUCAUGGCUGCCAACAACAACCUGGAACUGAUCCCAGAGGGGCUCUGCAGGUGUGGCAAGCUGAAGAAGCUGGUGCUGAAUAAAAACCGUCUGGUAACGCUGCCCGAGGCCGUCCACUUCCUGACUGAUUUAGAGGUUCUGGAUGUGCGUGAGAACCCUAACCUGGUGAUGCCUCCCAAGCCGGUGGACCGCGGAGCCGAGUGGUACAACAUCGACUUCUCUCUGCAGAACCAGCUGCGUCUGGCCGGGGCCUCGCCGGCGACCGUGGCUGCUGCUGGGGGAGGAGCCAGCCCCCGAGACCCCCUGGCGAGGAAGAUGAGGCUGAGGAGGAGGAAGGACAGCUCUCAGGACGACCAGGCCAAGCAGGUGCUGAAGGGCAUGAGCGACGUCGCUCAGGAGAGGAACAACUUGGAGUCAACGGAGAACGGGGAACUGAAGCUCGCCGAUCUAAAGGUCCGGCGCUGGGACAAGAGUCUGGAGAAACCGGCGCUGGACUACUCCGAGUUCUUUAUGGAGGACGUGGGCCAGGUCCCAGGGGUGUCCGUGUGGCAGAUAGAGAACUUUAUUCCUCUACAGGUGGACGAAGCUUUCCACAGCAAGUUCUACGAGGCCGACAGCUACAUCAUCCUCAAGACCUUCCUGGAUGAGAACGGGCAGCUGAACUGGCAGAUCUUCUACUGGAUUGGUCAGGACGCCACGCUGGACAAGAAAGCCGGCGCCGCCAUCCACUCCGUCAACCUGAGGAACUUCCUGGGAGCCGAGUGCAGGACGAUAAGGGAGGAGAUGGGAGACGAGAGCGAGGAGUUCAGCGCCGUGUUUAACAAUGAGAUCUCCUACAUCGAGGGAGGAACAGCCAGCGGCUUCUACACUGUGGAGGACACCAGCUAUCCUAUCAGGUUGUACAGAGUUUACGGCAAGAAGAACAUCCGACUGGAGUCUGUCCCGGUGAAGGCCUCCUCGCUCGACCCACGGUUUGUCUUCCUGUUGGACAGUGGACCAGACAUCUUUAUCUGGAGAGGAGCCAACGCGACUCUGAGCGGCACCACGAAGGCCAGGUUGUUUGCAGAGAAGAUCAACAAGAACGAGCGUAAGGGCAAGGCGGAGAUCACGACCCUCUCUCAGAACCAGGAGCCCCCGGGCUUCUGGGAGGUUCUGGGAGGACAACCGGAGGAGAUCAAGAAACACGUUCCGGACGACUUCUCUCCCGUCAGACCCAAACUCUACAAGGUGGGCUUGGGUCUGGGCUACCUGGAGCUGCCUCAGAUCAACUACAAGCUGUCCGUGGAGCACAAAGACCACAAGAUCAAACUGGACACUCAGCCGGAGCUCAGACUGGUGCAGUCCCUGCUGGACACUAAGGGCGUGUACAUCCUGGACUGCUGGUCCGACGUCUUCAUCUGGAUCGGGAGGAAGUCUCCUCGUCUGGUCCGAGCCGCCGCCCUGAAGCUGGGCCAGGAGAUCUGCUCCAUGCUGCACCGGCCCAAACACGCCUCGGUCACCCGCAACCUGGAGGGCACCGAGUGCCAGGUGUAUAAGUCUAAGUUUAAGAACUGGGAUGACGUGCUGAAGGUGGAUUACACCAGAGCAGCUGAGACCGUCCAGCAGAAAGACAACCUGCAGGGCAAGGUGAAGAAGGACGCAGAGCAGAAGGAUAAGAUGAAGGCCGACCUCACCGCCCUCUUCCUCCCCCGGCAGCCCGCCAUGGCCCUCACUGAGGCUGAAGGUCUGAUGGAGGAGUGGAACGAGGACCUGGACGGGAUGGAAGGGUUUGUGUUGGAGGGGAAGAAGUUCGCCCGCCUGCCUGAGGAAGAGUUCGGUCACUUCCACACGCAGGACUGCUACGUCUUCCUCUGCAGGUACUGGGUGGCUGUGGAGUACGAAGACGAGGAGAAGGGGAAGGGGAAGAAGGGGGGUGAGGGCGCUGAGGGGGAGAGCGCCGCAGCAGCUGAGGAAGAGGAGAAGCAGCCUGAGGAAGACUUCCAGUGCGUGGUGUACUUCUGGCAGGGCAGGCAGGCCUCCAACAUGGGCUGGCUCACCUUCACCUUCUCCCUGCAGAAGAAGUUCGAGAGCCUCUUCCCCGGAAAACUCAAGGUGGUGCGGAUGACUCAGCAGCAGGAGAACCUCAAGUUCCUGUCGCACUUCAAGAGGAAGUUCAUCAUCCACAAAGGGAAGAGGAAACAGAAGCUGGACGCCGCCCAGCCCUCGCUCUACCACAUCCGCACCAACGGCAGCGCACUCUGCACCAGGACGAUCCAGAUCGGAACAGAUUCCAGCAACCUCAACUCGGAGUUCUGCUUUGUUCUCAAGGUACCGUUUGAGAGCACAGACAAUCAGGGCAUCGUGUACACGUGGGUGGGCCGAGCCGCGGACCCCGACGAGGCCAAGCUGUCCGAGGACAUCAUGAACAGCAUGUUCGACAACACGUACAGCAAACAGGUAAUAAAUGAGGGGGAGGAGCCAGAGAACUUCUUCUGGGUGGGGAUUGGCUCUCAGAAAGAGUACGAUGAAGACGCAGAUUAUAUGAAGCGCGCUCGGCUCUUCAGGUGUUCCAAUGAGAAGGGAUAUUUCUCCGUGUCGGAGAAGUGCUCGGACUUCUGUCAGGACGACCUGGCUGACGAUGACAUCAUGUUGCUGGACAACGGGAAGGAGGUGUACAUGUGGGUCGGCACUCAGACCAGCCAGGUGGAGAUCAAGCUGAGUCUCAAAGCCUGCCAGGUUUACAUCCAGCACAUGCGCUCGAAGGAGGCGGAGCCGCCCAGGAAGCUGCGUCUGGUGCGGAAAGGAAACGAGCCACACUGCUUCAGCCGCUGCUUCCACGCCUGGGGGGCGUUCAAAACCCAGCUCGCAUAGACACACCCACAACGCUCACACAUGCUUCAAAUCUAUCCGCUGCCAUGUCAUCUUCUUCCAGUAAGAUGAUGUCUUUGCCUAAGCCGGCUUUAUAUGAGCUCUUAUUGCCCCCCCCCCUCUCCUCUUGCCAAAAACAGAUUUUAAAGUUCAGCUUAAGCUUCAAAAAGUUCUUCUGGUCAAGAAGCCGUUUCUCGUCGUUGGGACAAACUGCAAAAUAUCACUUUUUUUUCCUACAAGCUUUUUUGGCAGCGUCUGAAUCGUGGUGUUGAAUGAGAAGUGAUGUUUGAGAGGAAGUACAGACAUAUCGAUCUGUUCUGCUGCGUGGGCUAACGUUCCACCUCCAUGCUCCGUUUAGCCCAAUGGAAGCAGUUUUAGGCAGAUACAAGUUUUACUGUUGUUGUUGCGUCAGAGGGGCAGAGAUGGUGUAUUUGUGUAGGCAGACCUGAGAGUUGGCAUCGAAAGGGCGUUCAAGACAAAAAGCUAACAGAUUGGAUUAUUGUGGAAAACACACAUUUGGUUGGUUAGUAGUCUCAUUUAGGCACUUGUUAUCAGCUGCGUUAUCGCAUUCAGCUAUUUAGUGAACUAAACGUGAACGUGUGUACCACAGACCUCGUUUCAGGCGUCUAACCAAACACGCUGAUUUUGUGACGAGCAAACAGGAAAUCGCCAACUCAUUACCUGGUCUUAGGAUUCAUUCCUGACGAAACAGAAAACGGCACGAAGAGUUUUUCUGAGGAAUGUCUGUUUUUACAUAUAAAUGUCUGUUUGUCUGAUACUGGUAUGUUUGUAUGUUUGCCCCGCCUUCAUUGAAAUGGGGACGGCUGAUUGGCCACCUCUAACUUCUCUCAUGUAAAGAUUCUUCAUUCUUAAAAAGUUGAGUUUAUUUGGCCAAAGAGAUGUUAAACAAAGGGUCGUAUCCUAUGUUUAAUUUAAGGGACAGAUGUUUAAAAGUGCAAUCGGCAGAGAUAUUGAAACUAAAUAUAACUGUAUUCUUCUACGACACACGCUGCGUUCAACUUGUCAAAUGUUUAUUUUCUUGCUAUUCUGGAGCGAAGAGGACAAGAAAAGCUAGUUUCUUUCCAAAUGUAGUCUAAUGAUGUUUGAUUCUACAGGUUUAGAAGUUAGACAUUUCAGUCGGACAUCGAUGUUUAAACGUUGCUUUCUUUUUCAAAUAUCUUGUUUUGUAAACUUUAAGAUCUGCAGACUUUAAUGGGAGAUGCUCUGCAGCAUAUAAGAGACAUAUCUUAGUGACUUCUGGUUCCACUGGUCUCAAAUCAGUAGUUUAUGUUGAAGGGUUUACAGAUGAGUUAUGAUCAGUUUCUAGAUCAGUGUCUCCAGGGUCAAUAUUUAAAGGAAACCUGCUGCGGUGAUCAUGUGACCUGUGUCGAGUUCAGGCAUUGGUCCAAACCACAUAUCUACGUAACAUAUUCUCUAAAUGGCUGCAACUACCAUCGUUUUGUUUCUUUAUACUUUAUUUUGUGGGGUGAAUCGUAUGCCUGGUAGCGUGUUUGAGUCCUCUACAUAUAUGGAUGUGUGUAUAUGAAUAUGUGCACAUGCUUCUGAUGCCACUUGCAGAUGCUUUAUUUAUGUAUUUUAUAUUAAAAUAAAAUUUCACAUG